AUGUCGUCACCAUUCUCCAUAAACGGCGGUGCCUGUGUGGCCAUGGUGGGCAAGGACUGCGUAGCCAUAGCAUGUGACUUGCGUCUCGGCAUGCAAGCUCUCACCGUGUCCAACAACUUCCCCAAGAUCUUCCAGUAUGGCGACGUCUUCCUAGGUCUUACAGGACUCGCCACCGAUGUAUCCACCGUAUCAGACCUUUUCCGCUACAAGGUCAACAUGUACCGUCUCCGCGAAGAGCGCAACAUCAGCCCUCAGACCAUGGCGAACCUCGUAAGCUCAAGUUUGUACGAGAAGCGCUUUGGACCCUACUUCAUUAGCCCGGUUAUUGCCGGUAUAAACCAGACGAGUGGAAAGCCUUUCAUUUGCGGAUUUGACAGCAUUGGUUGCAUCGACUUUGCGAAGGACUUCAUUGUUAGCGGAACCGCAAGCGAUCAACUGUUCGGUACAUGUGAAGGACUAUGGGAGCCGGAUCUGGGCCCCGAGGACCUCUUCGAGACAAUCUCACAGGCGUUGCUCAACGCCGUCGACCGAGACGCACUUUCAGGUUGGGGCGCACACGUUUACAUCAUCGAGAAGGACAAGGUGACCAAGCGGUUACUCAAGGGCAGGCAGGACUGA